AGAGCGAGACUUCAUAAGAGAAGGAUGCGCUGGUGAGAGCGCAACGCAGCCGCGCCGCGAUUGGCCGAGGCGCCGCCCCACUCCCUCACGGCUCUCAGUUGGGCUCGGGCCUCCGUCGGGUAUAGUACGUGCGUGUCGUGCUCUCGUGCGUCGCUUAAGCGAGACUUCUCAGUGAGAGAAUAAAGGUGCACCGUAGCAUGUCUUGACGAGAAGGAGAAGUUCUUCAACGGGGUUUUCGGCAGUCAAGGGUUCUCCAAAAUGGCGGGUGGUCAGCAGCUUCCCGAACAAUACACAGUACCACAAUUAGCAAGGGUCUUCCACAGUCUGCCACAUCUUAACGUCUCUCUUCAUUCAGUCAACAACACAUUCAAUCCACAUUCCGAGAUUUAUCUUGAGAGCCUGGGUAUCCUCGGGAGUAUUCCUGCGGCCUGGUUGAUCCUGACGUUACUGGUACUGUUGGUUUAUCUAGUAACGAGAUGCUGCGACCGGAAGCCGCGGCCCAGGAGGUCGAUAACCCUGCUGAAGUGUUCACUGGCCAUCCUUGCGUUGCUCUGCUGCGGAGCGGUCGCUGUUGGCCUUUACGGCAAUGACGACGUUCACAAUGGUUUGGUACAAUUAGUCGCGGCAGCGAAGAACGUCGACGGGAUCCUCAUGGGCGUGAGAAACCAGACAGACACCAUAGAGGCGACACUACAAGAGAAAGUACAGCGGCAGUUGACUGCUUUGGGGGACGAAUUUGAUGCACCUGUUAGCAACAAAACAAUGUUGGGUUUACUAUUGGUAGCAUUGAAUAGUAUGAAACAAAACACGAGCAUUGCCGUCAACCGAAGCUUCGAAAUCCGGAAGCCAUUAAGCGGGAUCAGUCUUGCAGGAGCCAUUAGCAUGGGAGAAAAAAUCGAGCAACUGAGGUGGCCCAUUACUAUGGCGGUACUGAGUGCACUUCUUGUUCUUUGCGUUGUAUUAGUAGUCGGAGUUGCUAGACACUCGAGAUGUGUUCUAAUUACAUUUUCUGUAUUCGGACUAUUUGCGGUAAUAGUUUCUUGGUUGAUGGCCUCUCUUUACUUAGCAACAUCGGUUGCCCUCGGUGAUCUCUGCGUGUCACCGGAUGGUUAUUUAACUAGAUCGGUACCCUCCACUUUGGCCUCCGAGGUACUCUCGUAUUACACGCAUUGCGAGAACACUCGCACGAAUCCUUUUACACAGAGACUAAGAGACGGACAACGAGCUGUAGAAAAUAUGAGGCUAAACUUGAAUACUGUUACACGCUUAGCGGUAGAACUCUUCAAGGAACAGCAUGAUCAACUAAAGCCCAAGUUGAGUAGCCUCUCAACUGACGUUAACGCGGUCAAUAGACUCGUAUCUGGUCUAGCAACGUUACUAGACUGUAAGCCACUUCACAAGCAAUAUGUUCAUGCUGCUAAAAGUUUAUGUCACUUGGGAUUAUACGGCCUUACCUUCAUGCUACUUGCGAGUCUAGCUGCUGGACUAUUUUUUACUGUUUUGGUAUGGGUUGAUUCUCACACGUGGAUAUAUAUACGCAAACGAAGAGAUUACCAUCAAGUGGAUGAACAAGAUCCAUAUUUGCCACCAUCGGCAGCAUCUCAAGCGAUAGCAGCUAGGACCCUUCGUGGCCAAGGGUCGUACCCGCCUACAGCCCCUUCUCUUAAUCCAAAUGCUCAUGGCACCCAUAAUACCAUUAAGCAGCCUCUCUUGCUAACGCCGCCCCCGCCGUCCUACGCUACUGCGACUGCUCGAGCACGUCAGCUGCACGAGAGCAUGUUAAAAGGUGGGGGUGUUAACGGGAGCGGAGGAGGCGGGGAUCACAAAUCGUCUCAGCAUAAUCAGCAGUCGACAGGUGGACGAACUGAGCACCGUUCUGGACUCGGAGAUCAACCUGGCCAGUACGCGACUUUGAGCAAGCAAUGCAAAACUUUAGAAUCUAGUGACUUCUACUGAGGGCACGCCCCCGCAGGGUCUGGUAGAGAACCACCUUGGACACCAAGCGUGGCAUCCUUUACCGGUACUCUGUCUCACAAUUCACAUGGGCCUGCACAUUUGGCGACUUUUCAAGAUUCGA